GCUCGCCAACGCCCGACCUUUUCUCUCUCACAAAGCCUCCCUCGCCACUCUCUCUCAACCCUCAGCACACUCUCUCACAGACCCAGGAUCCAUUUUUAAGCCUCAACUUCUUCAACUAAGGGCUUUUUUCCGGUGAUUUCGACAGCCAAUCCUACCAUCAAUCCACACUUGUUUGAAGCCCAAGUUGGGUCACGGGUCCGGUCCUGACAACAUUGGUUGUAACCAGUAAGCUCUUUGAUGGUGUUGACAAAACCCUAAACCCAAUAACCUGAACAAUUAUCUGUAAGCAGCCAUGAAGUCCCAGCGCAUUAACCAUAACCAGUUGAAGUGAGCUUCUGCUAAUGGCACGGGGUUUGAUCUGGGCUACUGCAGAGGAUUUGGCGAAUAAUAGGGCUAAGGUCUUAUCACUGUAUAGAAGCAUAUUGAGAAGCAUCAAUUCUCCAAAACUUCCUUUAAAUUUAGCGGCACGUCUGGCAAAGAAAGCAGAGGUGAGGACCAUCUUCAUGUAUGCCUCUGAGGAGCGAUCCCUUCACAACAUUGAUGAUCUCAUGGACUCGGCUGAGUAUUCCCUCUCACUUCUCCAAAAAGGAGAAAUACCAAAGAUCAUCCAAUGAACGAUGUAUGGAGAAUCAAGAUACAAUCACAGACAACUCUGAUUUCUCGAAGUAUGACCUGCCUGGGAUUUGUGUAAGUGGUUGAGAUUGUGUACGUGGUAUUACGUACACUUAGCAAGAAAAUGAAUAUCCUGUUAUAAGUCAUGGUAAUGCCCCUUUAGAUUUCUGUUUCAAUUUUGAACUCUAUAUGGUAUCAGAAUACGUUCCCUUGUAUAUUGGAUUGCAUGGGUUCAAUCUAGUUGAUGUGAAGAUAGUUCUAGUUACUAUGAUUACUAUUAAUUGUUUACAAGUGCCAUUUUUUUAUUUUCUAUUUCCUUUUGGGUGAAGCCAUAACAAAAUUUGGUUUAAGAUGGUGCAUAUAUUUCUAGAGAAAUAACACAUUUAAAUUACAGGGAUUUGGAGAACAUUCUUGAGCUAUUACAUGUACAAAUAAUUGGUUCUUCAAGCUUGAAGUUGAGGCACUUUGCUUGGGAGUAUGUUUUGGCUGGGAAGGUUGUCGUGUAACUUUAACUUGUCAAGAAUCAAGAUAAAGCCUAUCAUGUAACUGUGCUGAAUGAUUAAUGCAUUUGUGAUUGACAUGAAGUGCUUUCACUUUAUAAACAACCGUGCAUGUUUUUUUUUCCAAUCA